GCAGACCUGCAGAUUAAUCAUUCAGCUGAAACAUCAUCCCAACAAGACAUAAAUCAUGGAGAUCUUCAUCACCAUGUUGGACGGGACGUCCCAUCCUCUCACUGUAAGCCCUCAGGACACCGUGGGCUCCUUGAAGAUCCGCAUCCAGGACAAGCUGGGGGAGCCCGCAGAGACCCAGAGGCUGGUCUGUGAUAACGGCCAGAGGAUCACUCUGGGGGACGACUCCAGGACCCUGGGCUCCUACAACCUGAGAUCCGGGUCGCGGGUGUCCCUGCUGGUCACCCGGCCCUCCACCAUCCAGGUGUUCCUCAGAAAUGAGAAGGGCCAGACGAAGACCUUCCACAUCAGACCCGACGAAUCCGUGAAGGACUUCCGGAUGAGGGUGCAGGAGACCGAGGGGGUCCCUGAGAGCCAGCAGAGGCUGAUCCACGAGGGCCGGGAGAUGAUGGCCGGAAAACUGAAGGACUAUGAUGUGAAGGAGAUGAGCACCAUCUACCUGGCCCUGCGCCUGAGAGGAGGCUGAGCACACUCUUUA